UAAACUUGUCACUAAUUUACGACAAGGAUCUUAAAUUUACUUAAUUAUUUAGAAAAAAAUGCCCGAAAAUGACACUCCACCCCACUCCCCAUAUAGUGACUUAAGGGACGAAGAAGAUGAUGUUGAGAUUAGGGAGGAAGAUAUCCUUGAAGAGAUACCUAUUGGUGAGGGGGAUCAAGCUCCUGAGGAUCUUGAUGAUGAAGAGGAUCAGAUGUCAGAUGAUGAACUUGUGGAACUUCCAGGAGGAAUUGAUCAACUCGAGGCUAUUGUCGAGGAUAUGAAUAAGCUUACAGAUAAUUCUAACCUAGUUUUUCCAAACCAUUCUAAGGCAGUAUUCUGUUGUUCUUUCCAUCCCGAGCUUCCAGACCUAGUUGUAAGCGGAGGAGAAGAUGAUACAGCGUAUAUAUGGAACGCUACCUCAGGAGAGGUUCAGGACAAGGUUGAAGGUUGGAAGGAUAGUGUCCAUUGUGCCGCCUGGUCAACUGACGGUCAACAUCUAGCUUUGUGUGAUAUGGCUGGAACCAUUAAGGUAUUUAAAUAUCCCGGAUACACUGAAGAAUGGGCAUUUGAUGUCGGAGAUAUUCUCUGGUUGCGAUGGCACCCUGUAGCUAAUGUUCUCUUCUGCGGAACAACAGAUUCUGAAAUGUGGAUGUGGAAAAUUCCAUCAGGAGAUAGCAAGCUGUUCAGCGGGCAAGGUGAGAAGGCCGAGUGUGGUUCUAUAAUGGCUGACGGUCGGAGAGCUGCCUGUGGUUAUGCGGAUGGUUCCAUCAGAAUUUUUGAUUUAAAAAGUGGAAAUCCUUCACAUACAUUGAAUAAAGGUCUUGCACAUUUAGAUGCUGUUAAUAGCGUGGAUUGUCAUGUUAACAACAGUUUGAUGAUAUCGGGAUCCAUGGAUGGAACAGCUAAACUUUGGAACUCAACUUCAGGGAAAUGUGUUGGAACGCUUCUCUGUGGGGCAAAGCAAGAAGAAAACUCUAACUGUUCUGUUGAAUGUUGUGUAUUUCCUAAAGACAAAUCUUCAACACUCUGCAUCACUGGCUCAUUAGAUGGCGUUGUAUCUGUGUGGGACACGCCCACCCAGAUAUCUAGGUCGGCCUGCAAGGUUGGAGAAGGCGUAACCAAGGUGGAAUUGCAUCCUUAUGAUCCAUUAAUAUUUGCUGGUACACUAGACGGUGCUGUGAGAGGCCUAGACCUAAGGUCUGGUGAAUCAAUUGCAGAGUAUUCAGGACAUACUGCCAGCAUUCUGGAUUUUUCAUUUUCCUCUAAUGGAGCUUCAUUAGUUACAUCUUCGGACGACGGAACAUGUCGUGUUUACGAUCUAAAAAUGAACAGAGAUUAAUUUUCAGA